AUGGAUGUGGAAGGCCCGGAUGAGAACGUCGGUGAUGGAGAGGGUAAGUGGCGGUAUAUCCUUUGCCCUCCUCGGUUUCUAGGCUACUCGACACCGCAAAAGAUUUGGGGCCAAUUCGAAGCCAGCUCCGUCGAGAGAGUAAGGCCGGUAAAACCCGAUACUGCAUUCGAUCUAGAUCUGCAGCUGGACAGAAGAUACAAAUCCACGAUCAAAGCACUCGUGGAGAAACACAGCACGGCAAAGGAUUCGAAGGCCGGCGACAAGGACAUGGAUGUGAUUGAAGGGAAGGUUCGUGGUCUCGUUGUUCCCCUUCAUGGCCCGCCGGGGGUGGGAAAGACGUUAGCGGCAGAGACGAUUGCCGAGGCAACUGGAAGGCUUCUGCUUGUCGUCAGCGUGGUCGAGAUUGGUCUCAAUACCUCCAAGGCAGAGAACAACCUUGAACGCAUGUUUAACCUUGCCGGAGCUUGGGAGGCCAUCCUCCUCGUGGACGAGGCAGACGUUUCCCUCGAGUCUCAGGGAUUCAUGGUCUUGACGACGAAUCGAAUCCCCUCGCUCGAUAGUGCAGUGAAGUCGCGCAUCCACCUCGCUACCCGUUACGAGGACCUCAGCAAAGAACAGAAGGAGAAGACCUUCAUGAGCUUCUAG